AAGAGGAUAUAGAAAUCUGGUGACAAGGCAAAAUGUUAAUGUGAGUAAUAAUAUAACAACAAAACAACGCUUGGCAUCUCCGUUAUUCACAGAAAGUGAGUUUCAGGCGAAAUGCCGUUUUUUAAAAAGGGAAAUAGUGGCAAUUUAUCUAAGAAAAAUUAUAAUGUCGCCGACAGAGAUGUUGAGCAGAAAAAUUCAAUGAAGGAGGCAAAUUUCGAUGGCUUACCACCACGACCACCAAAAAAUAUCGCAAACAAAUCUAAUCCCUCCGCGUCAAGCCAGCAAUGUACUGCUCAAACGUCUGAUUCGCCGAGAGCAAAGAGAAGUAACGGAGAACCAUAUGAGAAAUCAGAGACAGACAUGAAUGGCAAGACGACACCAAAAUUCAUAUUUUAUUGCCAAUUAGCUCACGGCAGUCCGACCUGUGAGAUUCAAGGUUUUACAAAUGUAAAAGAAUUGUACGGGAAGAUAUCGGAAAGCUUCAAAAUCGAUAUGAAUGAAAUACUAUAUUGCACUUUAAACUCAUACAAAGUGGACAUGGAAAAGUUGCUUGGAGGUCAGAUAGCACUUGAUGAUUUUAUAUUUGCUCAUGUUAAAGGUGAAACGACACAAGUCAAAGUUAUGAAAAGUGAACCAGCUUUAGGUUUGACCAUUACUGAUAAUGGUGCUGGGCUAGCAUUUAUAAAGAGGAUAAAAGAAAACAGCAUUACAGAUAAAGAUAUGGGAAUCCAUGUUGGUGAUCAUAUUGAGUCGAUCAAUGGUGAAAAUGUGGUUGGAUGUCGGCAUUAUGAUGUGGCAAGAAAGUUGCGUGAUGUCCCAGUUGACAGUGAAAUUGUGUUUGGUUUGGUGAAACCACUAAAGGCAUUUGAGGGUAUAAACUUUGGCAAGUCAGGUCACAAGAAUACACCUGAUAUUGACAAUAGCAAACUUGGAAGUGGACGUGCAACCUUACGACUACGAUCAACUGGUCCUGCAACUGUCGAGGAAGAGCUACCUGUAUGGGAGAUCAAUGCUGCGCAAAAAGUCGAUGACUUGUUGGAAAGUUUCAUUGGAAUCAGAGAUGCAGAAUUAGCCGACAGCUUGGUGCAACUGUCAAAGAACAAAACGAACCCUAGUGAGUUUACAGCUGCUGUGGAAUCAAACUUUGGCGAAUUCGAGUUUCCAGAGGACUUAGUCUUUGAUAUUUGGGGAGUGAUAGAUGACGCAAAACAUGGUAGAUUGUAGUUAAUCUCUGUAUGUAUAUUUAGUAUACGUGAUAUAACGUAGCAAAUUUUCCGUUGCACGGAAUCGAUUAAACGUCGUCCAUCUCUUAUGGAAGAGAAAAUCACGAGAGAGCGUCAUGCUAAGAAAAAACAUACAAAUUCACUCUUACCAUGUAGUGCCACGUAAAGACCGGACAUGUUUUAGUCGUCCAUGUUUUAUAUAACGAUUAAAAUAGGCACGCGAAGCGUACCUGUAUUUGAACAAUAACAAUUUCUUUUAGAAUAAAGCGUCUUUUGUGUUUCCGA